AUGAAGGACAAUGAAGAAGAAGAAAGAGAGUAUGAGGAACAAUUGAAUGAUGAAGAUGAAGAGCAGAGCAUCGACAUCAAUGCUUCCCCAAAACAGAGCAUGGAUACACCAAGCCCUAGAGACCCUCGUUUCUCACCAAGAAGUCAAGCUUCUACACUUCCAAGACUGGAAGCAAUGCAAAGACCAUCACCACCUACUGAAGAAGAAGAUACUUGGCAGUAUGAUCCCAUUGAUCCCAACAAGAUAAGCCCCAUGAAGCUUAAAGAGUUCAAUGCUAAGGUGAAAUCACUUCCAUUCUAUGUCACUUUUGAAGAAGCUUGGGAUAAACAUGGUCUAGUGGAGUUCUUUUUCACAACUAGUGAAAACAAAGAAGAGAUACACCAACUUUUCAGGAAGGCUCGAUUUCCCCUUGCCCCUCAUGGAGUCAAUCAACCACCAUCACCACCACCACCCAAGUGGUAUGUCAAUUCCAUAUCAAGAGAGAAGCUUGCUGAGUUCAAUCAGUUUGUCCAAACUCUUCCAGCCAGCAUGUCUUUCAAACAAGCUUGGCGCCACUACCCAUUCACCACCUUUCUUCCACAACUGCAAGAGACACCUGAGGACAUAAAGAGCUUUUUGAGAAAGCUAAAGUUCAGCCUACCUUCAAGACCCUCUACAAGAUUGAAGACCCAGGUCAAUUCUCUAUUCCCUGUCAAGUAA